CCAUGAAUUCUAGAAGCUUGGAAGUUGUGAAGAAAGUGAGAGAGAGAGAGAGAGAGAGAGAUGAAGACGAAGGACAAAGUCCAAAGGAGCAAGCUCAAUGACCGGUUGACUCCGUCGUCAAUUCUCAGCUGUUCUGACGUAGACGCAAUCCGUGUUACGCGUCGUCUCUCAACUGCCCAUCUAAAGUCUACACCUCAUGCAUGUCUUUCCAUGAAUCCAUACUACUUGCCAUCAACCUCUGCUCAAUGUUCUCCAAGCUCCCAACUUUCCGACCCAGCAAGGCUUCCUCGCCGCAGAAUGGAAAGCAAGGUCCUUUUCACAGGUUUAAUUCAUUGGUACCAAAUAAAUCAGCUUUCUCCGGCGUCUGAUGCUCAACAGACAUAUCCGAGUUUUGAUACUUUACCUUUGACAUCAUACAUAUCUGAUGAAACUUCUAGUCUAGACUCUCCAAGAAGGUACUCAACAAGUGAAGGCCAAGAAAGCCUAACACCUUCUUCAGCCUUUUCCAGCGAGAGAAAUUUCGAUCGUUCUGCAUUGCUUCCUUAUGAUGAAGCUGAAGAACAGUUCUUGGAAGACUAUGAAAGCUAUUUCUUUGCACCUUUCAGUGGAUAACGUGCGGCGAAAUCAAUAUCCAAAAGCUUGAAUCACAAAGACUCACAUAUUUGGAUCAUGCAACUUGUCCAUUGUUUUCACGGUUUCAGGUUGAACAGCACAUGCAAUUCCUGCUUGAAGACACACAUCCCUUCUUAGGCUCAACUAGCAUCAGAGGCAAACAAAGCAGAGUCCAAUAUAACCAUCUUGACAAAACUUGUGAACACAUUCUGGAUCUUCUCAACACAAACAAGGAUGAAUAUUUAGUAAUUUUCACCUCAGGGAUUUCAUCAUGCUAUAGGCAUUUCGGUGAGAUGCACCACUUCCCGAAAGGCAGCUUGAUACUCACUGUUCCAGACCACCAAAAGUUUAUUAAGCAUAUGGUUCAAGGAGCAGCGCAAAGCAAUGCCAAAAUUGGAACUAUACCUUUGAAGAAGAAUGAUUUGUGUAUCCAUGUCACUGAAUUCCAGAAAUUGCUAAGAAAAAGAGGAUGGAAUAGUAACGGAUUCGGGCUUCUGGCUUACCCGGUGCAAUCCUCAUCCGGGAUGUGCCAUUCUCUGAAUUGGAUUGUCAGUGCACAACAAAGUGGAUGGAAAGUUCUUUUGGAUGUUUCCAGUUGUAUUCCGAUGGUCAAUGUGGAUCUUUCAUUAUAUCAACCUGAGUUUGUGAUUGGUUCACUAUAUCAUAUGCUCGGAUAUCCUUCCAAUGUUGGUUUUCUACUUGUUAGAAGGAGUUCUCAUUCCAUCUGUAGGGAGACAAGAUCAGCCCGGUUACGAAUUGCUGAACUGCCUGAAGAUGGAAAGGCUGUUCAUAUUUUGACAGAAGGUGGAAGUUUGAAUAUUCACACAUUUGCAUCACUGUACUUCGGUCUUGAACAUCUACAGAGCAUUGGUGUUUUGGCUGUUCAGAAGAGGAUUAAGAGUCUCAUCUCUUGGCUUGUCAAGACUUUCAAGUCAUUAAAGCAUAAAUUGGAUGAUAAGCCGAUGUUACAGUUAUAUGGCUCGUCGGACAUGCAGCACAGAGGCUCUAUACUGGCAUUCAAUGUCUUAGACCCCACCGGGAGCAUCUUUCCGGCAAGAUUGGUGCAGCAGCUUGCGGAGAAUAACAAUAUCUUUCUUGGUACUGUCAAUCUCUGCGAGCCGAGUUUGUUGGACUCUCAGCAGAAACAAGACAAGCAAUGGGAGAGUGAUAGUCUCAGAGCAACUGGCUGCCAUAUAGAAGUUCUUUGCCUUUCCCUCGGCCCUGUUUCAUCAUUUGAGGAUGUGUACAGGCUAGUGCAGUUCUUAUGGCGAUUUAGAGAUGAAGAUUACAUGUCCAAUGAGGCUGCUGGGUAUGUUGAAGAGCUUGAGAAGGGAUGUUGAUUACCUUGAAUGCACUAGCCUAACGGUACAUGAAGGAAUUGGUAAUGUUCCCAGAAUCCUCCUUAUCAGGUGAAAUAUGGUAUGGUGUAUAUAUUGCUUCAUUUUUUAUCUAUAGAUUUAAGUGAUAUGUAAACGAUCUUUAAAUCUUGGCAGAUUGAUCAAUUUUGUUAGAGAAUAUCAGAACUUUGCCAAUCUCUCUAUGCAUGUGGUAACUAAAGCCAUAAUAUGUUCAUCACAUAAACCGUGAAAUUUUGCAUUUAUAUUCAAAAUAACAGACAACGAACAAAUGUUUGGAACAUGAGCACAAAUUAAAGAACACUGGAUGAUUCUGAGGGUCCAGGAACUACAAAGUAGUGUAGAGAAUUAAGUAAAA